UAUCCUUCUCCUCCUUAGUUUGUUGCAUUUCUACUGCUAUAUAGAGAGAGAGAGAUGGGAGAUAAUAAUAGCAUUAAUAAAGUGCCUCCAGGAUUCAGAUUCCAUCCCACAGAUGAAGAGCUAGUGGUUCAUUUCCUUCAACGUAAGGCCGCCCUCUUGCCUUGCCACCCUGACGUUAUCCCUGAUCUUCACCUCUAUCCCUAUGAUCCCUGGGAACUUGAUGGUAAAGCAUUGGGGGAGGGAAAGCAGUGGUACUAUUACAGCAGGAGGAGUGAAAAUAGGAAUACAAGGAAUGGGUAUUGGAAGGCAAUGGGAAUGGAAGAAAGUGUAGUGAAUAGGAGUAGUAGCAGGAGAGUUGGCAUUAAAAAAUACUUGGUUUUCUUCAUUGGUGAAGCUGAAGAAGGAGGAGGAGGAGGUGUCAAGACAGAUUGGAUAAUGCAUGAAUAUCGUCUCUCGGAUUCGGAUUCCAGCAGCGGUACCUCUAGAUCAUCCAAACGUAGAGGACAUAAUUCCAAAAUAGACUAUAGCAAAUGGGUUAUCUGUCGAGUUUAUGAAAGAAGGUGUAGUACAAGUGAUGAGGAGGAUGGUGGAAUGGAACUAUCGUGCUUGGACGAAGUGUUUUUAUCCUUGGAUGAUGAUGAUGAAAUCAGCAAUUGCCAUUAAUGCUAGAUGCAUGCAUUACCAGCAAACUUUUUUGAAUGUACUUUCAAAGAGAAAUUAAAUUUAAAUUGUUAGAUUAUUAAUAGUUUUAUCCAGGUUAAAGAUAGGAGAUUGCAUAGGGACAUGGAAUUGUUAUUGUAGCAAAUAUAGUAUUAUUUUUAUUCUAGUAAAUGAAAAUAGAAACAUGGAGAAAUCCAUGCCUAUUACUCA